UGCAUUGCUAUGCAAUCAUUCAAUGUUUACGUUUACUGUCGCGACGCGAAUGCUGUUACACGUGUUUUCUUGUACCGUUUUGUAUGCACCAGCCAAAAGCCGUCAACACUCUGAAUAUCUAAUCGGGAAAAAGAAAGUGGUUGAAAAACUAGAGUAGACUUUGGUGGAAAAUGCCAGUUGUUAGUGGAUGGUAAAUUAAGUGCAGUGAAAUAAGUUGCGAGUUGCUUCACUGUUGCUGACAAUGUCAAAAAAAUCCAGCCGAGACGACAUCAAUCUGGACUUGUCGGAAAACAGCACUGAAUUGGAAAAUUUGAACGGAAAAGGAGAGAAGCAAACCAGAUUCCAAGUUAACAGGGUUAGAAAUGAAGGGGAAGACGAAGAAGUUGAACUUAGAGUUAAAGUCAAUAUUCCAACAGAUGACGAAGAUGACGUUCAUUCCUGCACCGAUAGAACCAAGUUGAACAGCGAUUAUUUAAAAAGUUUUAGACGUUUGACAAGAGAAGCGUUGCCUCGUUUGGAUAACUAUAGAAAUAUCAUGUCCUUUCGAGCAGCCAACAGACCAACCUUAGACGAACUGCACGAAGCUGCCACAAUCACGAAUAAGGAUCAACGGGGCUCAACAGGGCCACUUAAUGGUAAAAUAAUCGAAACCAAAGGUCAAUUAAAGUUUGGUUGGAUUCAAGGGGUGCUGAUAAGAUGCCUGUUAAAUAUUUGGGGUGUUAUGCUGUUUCUUCGGCUGACGUGGGUCGUAGGACAAGCAGGAAUUGGACAGUCCAUUGUACUAAUAUUGACUACAACUGUAGUAACGUCAAUAACGGCGCUUUCAAUGUCAGCUAUAAGUACAAAUGGCGUUAUAAAAGGAGGUGGAACGUACUACAUGAUAUCCCGCAGCCUGGGACCAGAAUUUGGCGGCUCGAUCGGCCUAAUUUUUUCAUUGGCCAAUGCCGUUGCCUGCGCUAUGUACGUCGUGGGUUUCUGUGAAUCCUUGCAAGAUCUUUUGGAAGUAUACCACUUAAAAAUCAUAGAUGGCGGCGUACACGAUAUCAGGAUCAUUGGAAGCGUCACUAUUGUGGUUUUAACAAUAAUAGUGGUGUUCGGGAUGGAGUGGGAAGCAAAAGCACAAUUUGGACUCUUGGUGAUCCUGGUGGUUGCCAUUAUAGAUUAUUUUGUUGGUUCCUUUAUUGGUCCAAGAUCACUCGAAGCUAGAGCGAAGGGUUAUGUAGGCUAUAAUGCUACCCUAGCAUACCACAAUUUGUUUUCUGACUAUAGAUUGUCUGAAGGUGUUUCACACAAUUUCUUCAGCGUUUUUGCUAUAUUUUUCCCCGCUGCCACUGGAAUUUUAGCAGGAGCUAAUAUAUCUGGUGAUCUAAAGGAUCCUUCCUCGUCCAUUCCCAAAGGAACUCUAUUGGCUAUAUUAAUAACAUCCAUAACUUAUAUUAUAAUGGCGGUAAUAGCUGGUUGUACUGUUCUGAGAGACGCCACUGGCAACAUAACAGACUAUGCAAAUGGCAGUUGGCCUUUGUGCCAUCCUGGUGAAUGCCAAUACGGUUUACAAAACAAUUUUCAGGUAGUAGAACUAGUGUCCUGGGUAGGACCCAUUAUUUAUGCAGGCUGCUUUGCAGCUGCUCUAUCUUCGGCUCUCGCGUCUUUAGUAUCGGCGCCGAAGGUCUUCCAAGCUUUGUGCAAAGACAAGCUGUACCCCUGGAUACUUUGGUUCGCGAAAGGUUAUGGAAACAACAACGAACCGUUGAGAGGAUACGUUUUAACGUUCAUCAUAGCUGUAGCUUUUAUAUUAAUCGGUGAACUAAAUUUGAUUGCGCCGUUAAUUUCAAAUUUCUUCUUAGCAGCCUAUGCGCUCAUAAACUUCUCUACCUUUCACGCAUCGUUGGCCAAACCAGUAGGCUGGAGACCGACAUUCAAGUAUUACAAUAUGUGGCUCAGUCUGCUGGGAGCUAUGCUCUGUGUGGUUGUGAUGUUUCUGAUAUCGUGGAUAACAGCAUUAGUGACAUUUGCAGCAGUUCUGUCACUGUAUUUGAUUGUAGCUUAUAGAAAGCCAGAUGUGAACUGGGGAUCUACAACGCAAGCACAGAUCUACAAAAAUGCCUUACAAGCCGUUCAUCAGCUAAAUACAGUAGAGGAACACGUCAAAAACUAUCGUCCUCAAAUAUUGGUACUUUCAGGAAUGCCAAGUGCUCGUCCAGCUCUCGUAGACUUUGCCCAUUUGUUAACGAAGAAUUUGUCGAUGCUAGUUUGCGGACACAUCAACACGAGCUCUCUUCCCCAAAGAGUAAGAAACGUCUUAAACUACAAAGCCAAUAGUUGGCUAAAAGCGCACAAACUGAAAGCCUUUUACAUGCAAAUAGACGGUCUAUCGUUCGAAGACGGCUGCAGGGCUUUGUUAAAAGCUUGUGGUAUUGGAAAACUGAAGCCAAAUAUUCUCCUAUUGGGUUAUAAAAACGAUUGGCAAACUUGUUCCAAGGAAGAUCGUCAUCAGUAUUUCGAAAUAUUACAUAAUGCUUUCGAUCUGCAUAUGGGCGUGGGCAUUAUUCGAAUUCAACAAGGAUUUGAAUUUCAUCUUUCUAACGAAGACGACGCAAAAAGCACAGGAAACUUACAGAGGAAUCAAUCAUACAGUCAAAUGUCACAAGCAAGCAGUAGCAGCGGAAGUAGAUCGAUCCAGACAAACAAGGACAUGGUGAGUGAAACGCCAAAUCCGAAUGGGUCUACCAAAAAAACGAAGUCUGUAACGGAGUCCAUCUACGCCGCUGACGAAGAUCAGUUGGACGUUAAGGAGCAUAUACCGUCUGAAAUAUUUUAUUUCCAGAAGAAACAGAAGAAAGGGGGCACCGUAGAUGUCUGGUGGCUUUAUGAUGACGGAGGUCUGACUCUCCUUCUCCCAUACAUAAUAUGUAUGAGGAAAAACUGGUCAGGAUGUAAACUUAGAGUGUUUGCUUUGGCCAAUAAAAGAAACGAGUUAGAGCUAGAGCAUCGCAACAUGGCGAGUCUCUUAGCCAAGUUUAGAAUUGAAUACAAAGACUUACAGAUAAUAUCCGACAUCACCACAAGUCCUCGGGAAAGUACGAAAAAUUUCUUCGAGUUGCUGAUCGCAGAUUUCAGGCAGCAAGAUCCAGACAGUCCUGAUUCAGGUUAUAUUUCUGAAGCAGAGCUGCUAGCUGUCAAGGCGAAAACAGACCGCCAUUUGAGGUUAAGGGAAUUGCUUCUUGAACACUCCAGCGAGGCCAAUAUAGUCGUAAUCACUUUACCAAUACCUCGAAAAAAUAUUAUUUCUGCACCGUUGUACUUGGCUUGGUUGGAAGUAUUAACAAGAGAUAUGCCACCGAUUUUGUUGGUUAGGGGCAAUCAGACCUCAGUGCUAACCUUUUAUUCUUAAUUUUUUUUAUACUUUUUUAUUAUAUUAAGUGUACCAUAACUAACGUUUUUAAGAAAACAAUAAAUAACAAAUUUAUUUA